AUGAUGUCCAUGAACAGCAAACAGCCGCAUUUUGCCAUGCAUCCCACCCUACCUGAGCACAAAUACCCCUCUCUACACUCCAGCUCGGAAGCAAUAAGAAGAGCAUGUCUACCAACUCCACCGCUGCAGAGCAAUAUCUUCGCCAGCCUCGAUGAGACCCUGCUGGCGCGGGCCGAGGCUCUGGCCGCCGUCGACAUCGCCGUCUCGCAGGGCAAGAGCCACCCCUUCAAGCCGGACGCCACCUACCACACCAUGAACAGCGUGCCCUGCACCUCCACCUCCACCGUGCCCCUGGCGCACCACCACCACCACCACCACCACCACCACCAGGCGCUGGAGCCCGGCGACCUCCUCGACCACAUCACCUCCCCCUCCCUGGCGCUCAUGCCCGGCGGAGGCGGCGGCGGAGGCGGCGGCGGCGGCGGCCACGACGGGGCGGGCGGCGGCGGCGGCGGGGCCGGCGGCGGCGGCGGCGGCGGCGGCGGCGGGGGCGGCGGCGGCCUCAUCUCCACCUCGGCCCACCCGCACUCGCACAUGCACGGCCUGGGCCACCUCUCGCACCCGGCCGCCAUGAACAUGCCGUCGGGGCUGCCGCACCCGGGGCUGGUGGCCGCGCACCACGGGGCCGCGGGGCAGGUGGCCUCGGCGGCGGCGGUGGUGGGGGCGGCCGGCUUGGCCUCCAUCUGCGACUCGGACACGGACCCGCGGGAGCUGGAGGCCUUCGCCGAGCGCUUCAAGCAGCGCCGCAUCAAGCUGGGGGUGACCCAGGCCGACGUGGGCUCGGCGUUGGCCAACCUGAAGAUCCCCGGGGUGGGCUCCCUCAGCCAGAGCACCAUCUGCCGCUUCGAGUCCCUCACCCUCUCCCACAACAACAUGAUCGCCCUCAAACCCAUCCUGCAGGCCUGGCUGGAGGAGGCCGAGGGCGCCCAGCGGGAAAAAAUGAACAAGCCCGAGCUCUUCAACGGGGGCGAGAAGAAGCGCAAGCGGACUUCCAUCGCCGCCCCGGAGAAGCGCUCCCUGGAGGCUUACUUCGCCGUCCAGCCCCGGCCCUCCUCCGAGAAGAUCGCCGCCAUCGCCGAGAAAUUGGACCUCAAAAAGAACGUGGUGCGGGUUUGGUUUUGCAACCAGAGACAGAAGCAGAAACGGAUGAAAUUUUCCGCCACCUACUAG